AUGGCGUCUCUGGGGCUUCUCUUGCUCGUUGCAGCAGUGGUUCACCUCUGCACUGCAGAACCACAGCCACUAAAGGUGACCACCAUUAAGCAAGAACCAUACACAGUGUCAAAAGGCUCAGAGUUUGAGGGCUUCUGUAUGGACUUGCUGGCAGCACUUGCAGAGAAACUGGGCUUCAAGUACAAUGUUCGCCUGGUGAAAGAUGGAAAAUACGGAUCCAAGGAUGAGCGCGGCAACUGGGCUGGGAUGAUUGGAGAGGUUGUGAGAGGGGAAGCGGAUCUGGCCAUGGCUCCACUUACCCUCACCGCUGUUCGGGAGGAAGUUGUAGACAUGACCAAACCAUUCAUGCAGACAGGCCUUAGUUUUGUCAUGAGAAAGGACACUGCCUCAGAUGAUUCGCAGUACCUCAGCUUUUUAAACCUCUUCUCCAGUGAGAUGUGGAUCAGCCUGCUGGUUGCUUAUCUGCUUACCUCCUUCUGUAUCUUUUUGGUGGCUCGUAUUAGCCCCUCUGAAUGGAGCCAGCCACAGAUGGAGGAAAAUCACUUUACAAUCUCACACAGCUUCUGGUACACUAUUGGAGCGUUAACACUUCAAGGUGCUGGUCCACACCCCAAGUCCUUCUCAGGACGGGUUAUUACUGCCAUCUGGUGGUUGUUUUCAUUAGUCGUCUUGGCCUGCUACUUCGCCAACCUCAGUUCUUGGUUGCACAUGGACAACAAGCAGCUCUCAAUUAAGAGCUUUGAAGACCUGGCGAACCAAAAUGUCAUUGAGUAUGGGACACUUAAGGGCUCCUCCUCUCUUGCUUUCUUUAAGAACUCCAACAAUCCUACCUACCGGCGCAUCUUCGAAAACAUGGAGAGAAAGCAGUCCUAUGCCCAGACAAUGGAAGAAGGCAUCCGUAUGGCUCAGGAGGGGAAAUAUGCCUUCAUUGGAGAAUCUGUGUCUCUGGACCUGGCUGUGACACGUUACUGCAACCUAAAGCGCUGUCCUGAGAUCAUUGGCAUGAGAGGCUACAGCAUUGCAGUUCCUUUGGGCUUUCCCAUGCUGAAAAACCUGAGUGUGGCCAUCCUACAGCUAAGCGAGUCCGGAGAACUGGAUUUUCUGCGUAAUAAAUGGUGGGCAAGCAGCUGCAUGGCAGAAGACGCACAGGCCUCAUCUCUGAAGCCCAGCAGCCUGAAGGGUGUCUUCCUGCUUUUGGCGCUUGGCUUAGGGCUGGGACUCGUUCUGGCCCUCAUGGAGCUGACUGCCAAAUCACGAAACAUCGCUAACAUACAGCAGGCUAUGGAGACUGAAAUUAUCCGGAAAAUCGCUUAA